AUGAGAGAAAGCCCAGCUGUCGUCAAUGAACACGUCGAGGAUUGGACUUGGCUGGGGCCUGGUGACAGUGGGCCGGGCUUGAGGGGCAAUAUUAACACUACAAGACGUCGAUUCCAGCAACGGCGCCUCCUCCCUGUUGCGACGAUGGACCACUUAAACGAUGCACAGUUGGAUGCUGCUCUAUGUGACGUUGAACAAAGUGAAACUGGAGCUCAUACGUAUCCCAGCGGCCCUUUUUCCGUCUUUCGCAUCGACCGUGAGCCAAACAAAGGACUGGAGGAUCUGGAUAAUUAUUUUUUCUCUGACAACCCGGGCUCGAACAGACAUAGUUUGUUAGAUCCAAUUCCCGACAGUCUGUCUGUUUCAUGUCUGGAAUUGGAAUUCGAAUUUGGGACAGUUUCUUCGGAGAAUAUAGGAGAUGGUAAUGGCUGUCAUCCCAAGAAGAACAUGUCCCAGUCACUGCCAACCGGUGCGCAACGGUCGGGUGGUUUGGUCAUAGAGAAUGGAUUGAACAAGAAGCCAGGGACAGAACUAGAAGCGUCUGUGGAGCAGAACCUCGCAAUAGAGGACCAAUGCAAUGCCGCCAACUGCUGGGCAAGAAUAGCGUUCAAUCACUUCAAUCACCGUCUCCAGGCAGUCAAGUACCUCCGCGAGUCAGCCGGUACCCGUGACGUUGCAUCGACAAAUGCCGAAUACAAAGAACAUUUGGCGGCAAUGCUGUCUAUGGUUACCGUUGAUGUUAUUUCUGGAGACACGAGGACAUGCGGGAUUUAUUCAGAUGGAUGUGAGAGUCUGAUUGUCACUUAUAUGAACCACCCAUCCAAAAACAAAAAGAGCUCUCAUACUGUCCGUGCCUUGCAUCGCAUCUUUUUCUUUCUUCGUCCUAUGCAGAAGGGACAUUGCCAAUUGACGAGCACUGUGAAGAGCCCGCCAAUUCCUCCUGUGAACUAA